AUCCCCGCGCUCCGCUGCGCCUCUGUGUCCGCAGGGCAUGUUCGUCCUCGGCUUGCCCUACGCCAUCCUCCACGGCGGCUACCUCGGCCUCUUCCUCAUCAUCUUCGCAGCCGUGGUUUGCUGCUACACGGGCAAGAUCCUGAUCGCGUGCCUCUACGAGGAGAACGAGGACGGCAUCCUGGUGCGCGUGCGGGACUCCUACGUGGACAUCGCCAACGCGUGCUGCGCGCCCCGCUUCCCCGCGCUGGGCGGCCACGUGGUCAACGUGGCGCAGAUCAUCGAGCUGGUCAUGACGUGCAUCCUGUACGUGGUGGUCAGCGGCAACCUGAUGUACAACAGCUUCCCGGGCCUGCCCGUGUCCCAGAAGGCGUGGUCCGUGUUGGCUACGGUGGCGCUGCUGCCGUGCGCCUUCCUGAAGAACCUCAAGUCCGUGUCCAAGUUCAGCCUGCUGUGCACCAUCGCGCACUUCAUCAUCAACGUCCUGGUCAUCGCCUACUGCCUCUCCCGGGCGCGCGACUGGGCCUGGGAGAAAGUCAAGUUCUACAUCGACGUCAAGAAGUUCCCCAUCUCCAUCGGCAUCAUCGUGUUCAGCUACACCUCGCAGAUCUUCCUGCCCUCGCUGGAGGGCAACAUGCAGAAGCCCAGUGAGUUCCACUGCAUGAUGGACUGGACCCACAUCUCGGCCUGCGUGCUGAAGGGGCUCUUCGCCCUGGUGGCUUACCUCACGUGGGCGGACGCCACCAAGGAGGUGAUCACCGACAACCUGCCGUCCACCAUCCGGGCCGUGGUCAACCUCUUCCUGGUGUCCAAGGCCCUGCUCUCUUACCCGCUGCCGUUCUUCGCCGCGGUGGAGGUCCUGGAGAAGUCCAUGUUCCAGGGCGGUGGCGGCAGGGCCAGCCUCCCCAACUGCUACGGACCGGCCGGACAGCUCAAGUCCUGGGGGUUGGGCCUCCGGGUGGCGCUGGUGGUGUUCACGCUGCUCAUGGCGAUCUUCGUGCCGCACUUCGCCCUGCUCAUGGGCCUGACGGGGAGUCUGACGGGCGCCAGCCUGUGCUUCCUGCUGCCGGCUCUCUUCCACCUCAAGCUGCAGUGGAGGAAGCUCCUCUGGCACCACGUGUUCUUCGACGUCGCCAUUUUUGUGAUCGGGGGUAUUUGCGCAAUUUCGGGCUUCAUCCACUCGGUGGAGGGGCUGAUCGAGGCGUACAGGUAUAACCUCCACGACUGAGGAGCCGAGUGCGGAGAUACAGGCCAGACCCGCAGUGUGUGUGUGUGUGUGUGUGUGUGUGUGUGUGUGUGUGUGUGUGCGUGGGUGUGCGUGUGCGUGGGUGUGUGUGUCGUGUGUGUGUGUGUGUGUGUGUGUGUGUGUGUGUGUGUAGGUGACGUCACGCGUAAAGGCCUCGCGGGGUUCCAACUCUUAACGUCAGGAUAACCUGUGUUAAAUGUAGUUAUUUUUAGUUUCAUCUUGCCUUCGUGAUAAUGUGCAAUACAAGACUCUGAGAUCUGAUCAUAGUGAUAAGCCCACCGUAGAAGCGCGCGGCCGGACACAUCCUCUGCUAAACGAAAAAAGGAGAACUUGAAGCAGUCUGUUUUAUUUUCACAGUUCCUGUGAAACGUGCAACCCGAAAGUCUCAUGUGUGUGUGAGAGUGUUUACGUUUUAAUAUAUCCGGGGGUUGAGCUGUGUAGUGAUGGAAGUGGAGUUUAAUAUUUCAUUGUUGUUUUUAAGCUGCUAUAUAAUCGAGGCUAUCCUGAAAAAUAGAUAUAAAUAUAAAAGGCCUGUAUAAAACCAAGGCACCGGUUAAAUCAGGGGCUAUAUGCGGUCGUCCUCACCUGUGAAUAACGUGUGUUUUUUCCUCAAAUGGAAAAAUCAUAAUUUGGUCCUUUUUUAUUUUUUCAUUGUCAUUUUUGAUUGUAGGCCCGCAGUAAUCAUCGUCUAUUGGUGUUUAAGUGUCAUUCUGGAUGAAGUGAGUUCAAAGUGCAAGCAAGUGGGUCCUAUCGUGUUUUAUGAAAACUGUUGUCUGAUAAUAUUCUACUCCUGAUUAUCUUGUGUGUGAUUUAAUGAAACUACUUAAGAUGUUUGAGAGAAAAAAGAGAAUUUGUGGAAAUAAGAGAUAAAUAAAUCUAAUAUUUUAUGCUGGGAUAA